AUGGCUAACCUGACUGCUUUGCGAGGCGGCUGCCCCGCACCUUUCUUUUCCGAGUUGAGCUUCACAGAUGGUGGAUACAUCGAUGGUCGACUAUGUCAACCAUACCCGCCAAACUCGGCCGAAUCUCUUUCCUGCUGUCUUCCUUGCCCUAUGACAGACUGGACAUACCCAGACAACUUCAACCAGUUGACCUCGGUAGCUAGCUGGAUCAAUGUCGUGGGCAUGAUAUGCUGUCUCUUCCUUCUGAUCUCCUGGAUCUGUUUGCCCGUGGAAAAAACUCAUCGCCACUAUCUGAGCAUCAGCUUGACCUGUGCUGUUGUCUUGAUGAACCUUGGAUUCAUUGUACCCCUUGCCGCUCACCCGGAUCAGUGCUUUGAUGAGAUCACACCUAAUGGAAUGGCAUCGAGUUCAGUAUGCGCCGUCUCGGGUUCGUUCCUACUGAUUGGUGGAUGGGGCGGCGUCAUGUGGAUCUUCCUUCGUGCUCUUUCUCUACACCUACAGAUCUGCUGGCAAAUGGUGGUGGGACGUAACUUCAUGUGGUUAUCUCAGGCCUUUGGCUGGGGUAUUCCAGUCGUUGGGUUGGUCGUUUUGCUCGUCUUUAGCGGAGUUUCUUUCCGUUUUGGUCAGACGUGCCACAUCAACCACACGAACAGCUUGGCCGACUUCUGGAUCCCCUUGCUGGUCUUUGUCGGCCUCACGGUCAUCAUUCAGUUUGCAACAUUCGGCUACUGCAUCAAGGUCUACCUGGCUUCCUUGGCGGACAAUGCCGCUUCCACCGAGGGUUCGGGUCUUGCUGCAUACUCGAGCAGUAUCCGGACCAUGAGCCCCCGCCAAGCCUACCGACGAGUUCGACGAGUGAUUGCUCUGCAGUGGCGUGGCAUUGUCAUUGUGCUCAUCAUUUGCGCCGACGUUGUAUUUUUCGCCAUUACCUUUGUUUUCUUGGACAAUACGGUCCAGGCUGUCAAGGAUGACCCCAACAGCGACGCCAUCCAGACUUGGGCAUUUUGUCUGAUCCAAUCCGUUGGCGACAAGAACAAGUGCCUCAAAUAUGCUAACGACAUUGUUGUCCGCCUGCCGACAGUCAUUGCUGUGCUGAUUCUUCUAGCAAUGAACGGCUUGUGGCUGGUUCUUCUUCUUGGUCGCUCGUCCAUGGUGACGGGAUGGAAAGACUUUUUCCAAUCCUUUGCAGAAAAUCGGACCAAGAAGGAGUUUGUCUCGGUGGAUGCACGAAUGGAUUUGAAGAAAGACCCAAGGUCUUAUGAAAUGUUGUCUCGCGACUCCGGAAAAGCGGAAUCCAUACUAACGCCGAUUAGCCCUGCCAAAUCUCCCAUGAGUCCUUCUCGAAGCGGGCGCCAGACUCCCGAUUACUUUGGGCCUCAAGCGACACGAUAUCAACCGCACUCGCGAUCGUUUUCCGCGCCCCGCCCACCCCAGCAAGUUUCUUGGGAAGCACAAUCGCCAUCACCUUUGCCCUAUGAGUCUCCAAUGCCCAAUGCAACAUACCCUCGACGAAUGGCGGACGGUACCGAGUACCAAGGCAUGAAUCCUCUAGGCAUGAACAAGAUAUGA